AUGGCCGAACAAGGUCCCCCACCAGAGCAAGGUCCCCCUCAAGGCGGGCCACCUCCAGGCUCUUUUUCUAUUCCCAUUCCUGUAGGACCCAAUGGUGAAAGGCCCACACCCGAGCAGAUACAACAGAUACAGAUGCAACUUCAAGCCGAGGCACAGAAACACGGAAUAUCAGUUCAAGAAUACGUCCAAAGACUGCGACAGCAAGCAAUGGCCCAGCAGCAGGCGCAGAUGCAGGCGCAACAACGUGCUCAGCAGCAGCAGCAGCAGCAGCCCAUCCAGCCCGGCCCACCGAAACCAGAAGCGAUCGCUGUCGCCAAUUGGUUGAAGUCGCAAGACCUGAAGCCUAGGACAGUUGUACACGAUGAGAAGAGGAAGGACAUGUUCAGAGUCAAGCGAGCAAUUCGUGCUCUGCAGUCCCCCGCAUACCAAAAAGCCCGUGCUAAGAAUCCUCUCCUCCCCGAAGUCAAUGACCGUGCCUCCGCCGAGAACUGCUUCAAGCUCCUACCCCUCUCCCUCCUUGCGCUCCGUGUCACAAAGGUCGACGACAACGCGCACGAGGGUCACAACCACGCAAAGCCCAAGCGCGUCAAGGGCUUGUGGACGGUCAAGAUUGAGCAGCACCAGGACGCAAAUGACGACAACUAUUACAUCUGGCUAUACGAAGGAUCACAAUGGAAGCAGAAGCUGUACGCUGCUGGCGCCCUGCUUCUCGUCAUUGCGAUUGUGCUGUUCCCUCUCUGGCCGCUUUUCCUACGACAGGGUGUAUGGUACCUGAGUAUGGGCAUGCUUGGCCUCAUUGGCUUGUUCUUCGCCAUGGCGAUUGUUCGACUCAUCAUCUUCGUCAUCACUAUCUUCGCGGUGCCUCCUGGACUAUGGCUUUACCCAAACUUGUUCGAGGAUGUUGGUUUCUUUGACUCGUUCCGACCAGUAUGGGCAUGGCAAGAGACCCCCGAGGACGUCAAGGCAAAGAAGGCUGCAAAGAAGGAGAAGAAGGCCGCCAAAUUAGCAGCAAAGGCCGCUGGUGGAAAGCCCAAGAAGGGUGCUAUCGACGCUGCACCUGCUCAAGCUGCACCCGCUCAAGCCGCACCAGCGCCCGCUGCUGCUCCUGCUUCUGCGCCUGUCAAGUCCGUACCACAGCCCACAGGCUCAGACGCCGCGCCAGAAGGUGCCGUCACGCAACGAGCACCACGUGCGACAGUCGAAGAGGUGGAGGACGAGUAG